UGUUUUAAUGCUCUGCUCAGCAGCUUUAAAGUGAGGGAAAAAGACGUGGCCACUGUAUGAAACAACCUGUCUCAAGAUUUUAAAAAUCCUCACAAAAUAUCUCAAAGGUGUGAGAAGACUUGUUGCAUUUCAGUAACUGAAUUUUUGAGAUGGAUGAGACAACUUCCCUGACCUAUCUGGAUAACUAUGCUACUAGCCAAGGUCCUGACUUUGAGGAUGACCACUCGCACGUCCUGUACACAUCUGUCUUCCUUCCCAUCUUCUACACUGCUGUGUUCCUGAUCGGUGUUGUGGGGAACCUGAUCCUGAUUGGAGCCUUACAUUUUAAACGGGGAAGCCAAAGACUGAUUGACAUAUUUAUCAUCAACCUGGCUGUCUCUGACUUCAUUUUCCUUGUUACACUGCCACUCUGGGUGGAUAAGGAGGCAUCCUUAGGCCUGUGGAGGACUGGCUCAUUCCUGUGCAAGGGAAGCUCGUACAUCAUUUCAGUCAACAUGCACAGUAGCGUCUUCUUCUUGACCUGCAUGAGUGCUGAGCGCUACUUGGCUAUCAUGUGCCCCUCUGCAUCCAGGAAAUUCAGGAGGAAAGACUGCACUUAUGGUGUCUGUGUCAGUGUCUGGUUUAUCUCCUGCCUUCUGGGCUUGCCCACUCUUUUGUCCAGGGACCUCACAAUGAUCGAGGACAAACCCUACUGUGCAGAAGAGCCGGCCACUCUCUCUAAACAUGCUUGGGCCCUGGUGUCCUUAAUUUUCACUUUUUUUGUCCCCUUGCUGAGCAUCUUGACCUGCUACUGUUCUAUUGCAAGGAAAUUGUGUACAUACUACCAGCAGUCAGGAAAACACAACAAAAAGCUCCAAAAGUCCAUAAAAAUUAUCUUCAUCGUAGUGGCAGCCUUUGUCAGCUCUUGGCUACCUUUCAACAUUUUCAAAGUUUUGUCUAUCAUCUCUGGGCUGCAGGAAGAACCCUUCUUUUCCUCAGCCAUGCUCCAAGUGGGCAUGGACAUCAGUGGUCCUUUGGCAUUUUCUAACAGUUGCAUUAACCCUUUCAUUUAUUAUUUCUUUGAUGGCUAUAUACGGCGAGCUAUUAUCUGCUGUCUUUGUCCUUGUCUGAAGAAUUCCAACCUUGGGAGCAGCACUGAAACCUCAGACAGCCACCUUAGUAAGAUCUUUACCAACUUCAUUCAUGGAGAGGAUUUUUCUAGAAGGAGAAGACGUUCUGUGUCUCUGUAAAAGAGGAUUCUGUUCUUCUUGGACUCUUAAACAGUGGAUCCCAGUUGAUAUUAUCCCUUCAAAGUGUUUUGUGAUACACCUUCAGCCUCUUUUUCUCUACUAAGAACUAUCUCACCUCUCUGGAUAUUGUGCUUUGAGAAAAUGAACAUAUUUCAGCCACUAACAAAUAUGGUCACAAUGAAUGGGGUGAGCUUUAUAUGGUGCCUGUAUUUGAUUUUUGCUGAGAUCCAAAUCAAAGUUCUUGCUCCAAUGCCAUUGGUUUCUAAGUCAUCUUUUGCCCUUAGUGUUUUCUCUACAUUCACAGAAUUGCAGGGAGCCCAGGGAGGCUGGAAUUAGGUUAAACUGAAAGGGGCAGGGUGGUGGUAAAGAUGAAUAAUGCAAAAAAAAAUUUUUAACCUUCAUAACUGCUGACAGCCUGUCCCUAUCCUAAGGAUUGUCUUAAAUUUGCUAUACUUUUUUCAUCUGCUGGAGUCUUUAUAGAUUUAUGGUAUUUGAGUCAAGAAAGCAAACACAGGUCAAGUUCCAUCCUUAGAAAGAGAUCUGGCUACUGAUCAGAGAGACUGAUAGAAGAGUAUUUUCAUGAUGAUACUUUAAGUAAAUGCUUUUUAAUGGUGUUUUGUUGUGUACGUCAUGCUCUCUCAUUAGCAAUAGCUCCAUAAAUGAAUGUUUUAACUUUCUGUAAUUACAUGGCUUUAAUAACAUAGGUGGGCCGUGUAAAACAUGACUAAUAAUAUAAUUGGUGGUACUUGGAUUUCUGGAUUCAACCUAAUGGAAUGAAUGCCUUGUGUUUAAACUAAAAUCCCAGGAUCACAUUUUUCUAUGGCACUAUUCAAUAUGUAUAGAUAGCAUUUUAAGAUAUAGAUAUUUGUGUAAGAUGUUCUAUGCUAUCCUACAGAGAAAAAAAAUGGCUUUUAAAAAUGUUACUGAUCUUUAAUAUAUAGGGUAGGGUCUUUGUCUUUUGUAAGAUAUUUAUCUUCCUGAUCAGAGAUAUUAACAGAUGUUUAUUUUCAUAAUGAUGUUUCA